AUGGCGGGCCAAACGGGACAGCAGCAGCCCGAUCGCGGCUUCCGCGAGGCUGUGCUGGGGAGAUGCUUCGUCCAGGACGCCAUGGAACGGUUUGGCGACGGCGCCCCCGAGAUCAUCCGACAACACGAGCGCGACCACAUCCACCAGGUAGCGACCGAGACGAUUGUCCAAGGGGUCCCGACGGACCAGAUCUUCACCGGAUCGGAGCAGGACGACCCCGCGGCGGCGUCGGAGCAGCAGCCGCUGGAGAAGCACGUCCCGCGGAUGCCGUACUAUCGGAAUAACCUGACGGCGCUGUCGCAGCGAUACAAUCUCUACUUCGCGGCGUACGAGAACAGGAUAUUCGUCUACCGGCCCAAGAGCGCGCUCCGGCAUGCGCUCCCCCGCGAACCGAACCUGAUACUAGCCACGAAGCCGGACAAGGUCGCGAUCCACGUCGGCGGCACGCUCGACCCCCGCUUCCACCACCAGACGAACCACAUCACCACCGGCUUCCUCGGGCGGGAGGAGGUCCUGGUGGCGGCGUACGACGACGGGUCCGUCAUCGCGUGGUACAUCGGCUCCAUCGCAGACUUCGUCGACCGCCGGACGGCCGCCGUGCCGACGCCCUUCUUCCGCGACAACGUGGGGCGCUCGGCGUGGGGCAUCGUGGUGCACCAGCAGUCGCGCCUCAUCGCCGUCAGCUCCAACCGGUUCGAGGUGACGGUGUUCGCGUUCGCGCUCUCGCGGCUGCCGGAGGCGCUGUGGCGGCGGGACAGGCCGUACAGCCACUGCGAGGCGUGCGUCUUUAAGAGGAAGAGGAACUGGCGCAUCGUGAUUCCGCUCGGCGACGGCGGGCACAACAUACCCAACAUCUCCAUCUGGGACGACGAGGACGGGUUCGCGGAGAAGGUCGUCGCCAUCGACAUCAACGGCACGCUGUGGAUCCUGGACAUCUGGAAGCCCAAGACGAAGGCGAUCCAGAUCCAGCACAGGACGCAUGUGACGCACCAUUGGAACUUUCGUCACCAGAUGGGUUGGGGUGUUGCGGUUCUACCGUAUGAAAGCUUUCUGCCCGCGUACUCGUCGGCAGAGUUGCUUGGGCUGGAAGAGAGCGACAUUAUGAAUUCGAAACCUCCGCUUGCUGGACGCUGGGUGGAGACACAGAAGAGCCUGGCCAAUGUGCGCAACCACCCGUCACCCCUUUCUGCACAAGCCGUCCCAGAGCCCGAGCCUAACGAGAUAUUUGCUCUCGCUCCCAUGGGGUUUGAGGUGCCGCCUUUGGAUGGUGGGGCAUGGAUAGACGACGAACUGGCGGGAAAUCCGCCGGGGGGCAACGGGCCGGCGCUCACGAUAGACGUUGACGACAGCGACGAUGAGGAGGAGGACAGCGACAGCGAUGGUAGUGCUCCGCUGGACAUGCAACCGCCGGCCGAAACAUUGUCGUCCGACUCUAGCGACACCGACGGGAGUGCACCGCUGCACGAAGACGAGAUUGAGGACGAUAGCGACAGCGACGGUAGUGCUGCGCUGCCGAACUUUUUGGAAGCCCAAGACUGGUUUACACAACUGCCCGUCAACUACCCCCCGGAACAGGAUCCUCCCCUGGCGCAUGUGCACCCAAUCGAUGCCGCGCUUGGGGCAUUGGAAAAGAACAAAGACCAACCAGGAUGGCACACACGCAUCGGGUCGGAAAUUGAACCGUUUCGCGACAUGGUGUACCUUCCCCACGAAGGCAAGGCCUUCAGCUGGCCGGACUCGUUGGCCGGAAGGGUGCGUUUCCACAAGAGGGAGAGAGUGCGGAACCGCAACACGGUCGACCAGGACCCGGACGUGCUGGACGAGCUCGCGAGCCGCAGCUGCAUCAUGCGGACCUACGAGUAUGACAUCGAGCUUAGGAGCAUCAACAUGGACGACGGCGCGGCGGUGGUCUGCAGGGACCCAAUCAACUUCGACCCCGCGCAGAACAUGUUCAUGCAGCACGCCGAGCGCCUCAACAUGAUCAUCCACGUGCCGGAGCUGUCGCUCGUGGUGGUCGGCUCCGCCAUCGGGCGCGUGGUGCUGCUGACGCCCACCCGGACAGGGUAUCCGCACGGGCUGCGCGGGGACGGCUUCAAGGUCAAGAACGGGUUCCGGAUCGACUGGGUCCUGCCGACGCGUGCGGACGAAGAUGCUGGGAAGAGGCCCAACAGGAGUCUGUACGGCAUCGCGGUGGGCCCUGUGCAAGAGGCCGGCGCGCCUGGGUGUCUUUUGAGAGCGGACGGUGCGGCGGCGCCGUCGCCUGCGACGAGGCGGUACCGGCUCAUGCUGCAUUACCGCGACCAUAGGAUUUUGAGUUAUGAUAUUGGAAGGGAUGAGAAGGGGGAGCACCUUCUCGUCUUUUGA